UGUAAGACACUAGAUUGUCUUGUCUAUUAGUCUCGUGUUGUGCAAUGACGGUUCGAUCCAAAAGCACAUCUGGUGUGAUCGAUUUGAAUAAAGCUCAUCCAUGUCAUCAAAACGAGCAGCAAAACGAAGAAAAAAAAUAGUCUACGGUGCAGAUUACUCGCACAUUUACACAUAAAACGGAUUUUAGAUGAAUCCGAACCCAACUGCAAGUGGCCUACAGAUCGGAUCGAACAGGAUGUAAUCGUCCCGGUGUCUUCCUGUGCACUCGGUGAUUAGAAGGCGUUUUUUUCCUCCCCCACCGCCCCCGAGCCUCACCCUUCCCUCCACGUGCCUCACCCCGUGUGCCUCACCUGCUGAGCCCGCAGCUUGUGACCGGCGAUCAUUACGACUCAACGAGCCGCAUGGGGAAUCUUCGCUUCGGUUGCACAGCCACGACGCAGAGGCCCAGACACCGACGCGCGCGCGCGCACACACGCACACACGCCGGGAUCAGAGCCCCGCAGCCGGUGCGCCAUGCAGAGCGGCCCUCCGGCCCCGUGCAGCGGGUGCUGUUCCGUCAGGCGGAUCCGGGGCUUGGUCCCCGUUGGGUUCAAGACCGAGAUAAAAGCCUUGUCUAAACUGGCCGGACCGGUGAUCAUAGCCCAGCUCAUGGUGUUUGCUGUGAGUUUUGUCAGUACUGUUUUCUGUGGCCACCUGGGGAGGACGGAGCUGGCAGCGGUGUCUUUGGCCAUAGCAGUUAUUAAUGUCACAGGCAUAUCCAUUGGAUCAGGUUUGGCUUCGGCGUGUGAUACUCUGAUUUCACAGACCUUUGGGGGCAAUAACCUGAUGAGAGUUGGGGUCAUUCUGCAACGGGCGAUCCUCAUCCAGCUACUGGCGUGUUUUCCCUGUUGGGCGAUCCUGGUUAACACCGAGCCCAUUCUGCUGGCUGUCAGACAGGAGCCGCAGGUGGCAAGGUUGUCUCAGAUGUAUGUGAAUAUCUUCAUGCCGGCACUUCCUGCCACAUUCAUGUAUUCAUUAGAAACAAGAUAUCUGCAAAACCAGGGCAUCAUAUGGCCGCAGGUUAUCACAGGCGUUGUGGUCAACCUUCUUAACGCUCUCAUCAACUACGUCUUCCUUUACGUGUUGCAUCUGGGAGUAGCAGGUUCUGCUGUUGCCAACACCAUUUCCCAGUUCGCCAUGGUUAUCGUCCUCUAUUCUUAUAUAAUGUGGAAAGGCCUUCACAAGGCCACCUGGGGAGGCUGGUCUAAAGAGUGCCUGCAGGACUGGGGCUCGUACAUCCACUUGGCCAUCCCUAGCAUGCUCAUGGUGUGCGUUGAGUGGUGGACGUAUGAGAUUGGAGGCUUUCUGGCAGGUCUGAUAAGUGAGGUGGAGCUUGGCGCUCAAUCGGUUGUAUAUGGACUUGCUAAUGUUGCAUACAUGUUCCCAAUGGGUUUCAGCAUAGCAGGCAAUGUUAGAGUUGGAAAUGCCUUGGGAGCUGGAGACACAGAGCAGGCCAAGCUGUCGGCUAAACUUACCAUGUUCUGUGCAGUGUCUGUCUCUAUAUGUUUGUCCAUUCUCAUGGGGAGCUUGAAGGACCAUAUCUCUUAUGUCUUUACUUAUGACAAAAAAAUACGGGAAAGGGUUGCCGAUGUCAUGGUUUUAUAUGCACCUUUCAUUCUCCUGGAUGCAAUAUCAGCGGCCGCGGGAGGCAUCAUAAGAGGAGCUGGUAAACAAAGGGUUGGGGCUAUUGUCAACAUUUUGGGUUAUUAUGGUGUUGGUUUUCCCAUUGGAGUGCCACUCAUGUUUGCUGCCAAAAUGGGAAUCACGGGUCUGUGGACCGGCAUGUUUAUCUGUGGGUUUCUGCAGUCUACAUUCUUCAUUCUCUACCUAGUAAGAAUGAACUGGAUGAAAGCAGCAAUUGAGGCUCAAAUCAGAGCGGGAGUGUGUGAGAGCUUAAGAGGCCCAAGUCCCCAACCAGAUGUUCCAGAGAUCCCGCCGGAGAAAACGUGGAACCCACCAGGACAAACGGACCACGUGGACCUGAUUGACACUGCGGUGAAAGCAGCAGACACAGUGGAGCAGAAGGAGUUCUCUCACAGGACUCUGGUUCUGCGUAGAGGCCUGACUCUUGCUCUCAUGAUGGCCAUCCUGGCUGCUGGAAUCAUUCUUAACCUGCUGAUCAUAAACUUGUUUACAUGAACACUAGCCAAAUCUAUUGUGUUGAGUGAGCCACUAGUGCACAAUGUGAUACAGAGGCACAAAGCCGGGCAUGAAUGCGAUUAGUGUACAAUCAAUGAAUUACUGUCAAACCAAUAAGUCACAAGAUUUUGCUGUAUUUAUAUCACAACGACAAUCUGUCAAUGAUAAUGAGUCA